UUAUUUUUCAUUAUUUAACAAUUUCUUGUUAGUCGCAUAAAUAUUAAUAAAAUAUCAAUUAAAAUUAUAAAAUUUUGUAUAGUUUUAAUAUGAGGCACGCUCAAUUUUUGGCUCGUACUGUUUUGGUACAAAACAACAAUGUGGAGGAAGCCUGUCGUUUGAUGAAUCGCAUUUUGGGCAAAGAGGAAAUUUUCGAUCAAUUUAGACGCACACGUUAUUAUGAGAAACCUUACCAGGUCAGACGUCGUGUUAAUUUCGAAAAAUGUAAAGCCAUCUACAAUGAGGACAUGAAUCGUAAAAUUCAAUUUGUUUUGCGUAAAAAUCGUGUUGAACCUUUCCCCGGCUGCAAUUAAGUUAAAUUUUUUGAUGUGUUUAUUGAUUUAAAUUAAGUCUUUUAAAUUGUAAAAAAAUAUAAGGAACUAAAAAGUAUAAAAA